AGAAUUGUGGCAAUGCCCCUGAAUGGGCCACUUCAGAUAGCGAACACAGGAUGACUAGAAGCAGAUUUUAAGCUCUGUGUUUUCCACGAUUUCACAUUUUUCCUCACCGUGUUUUUAUUUAAAUCAAAUAAUAAAAACGAGGAGUACAAACAGGGAUUUCAACAAGUGCAGACUCCCUUCUCUCUUAUGUCGGAUGUUUUUUUUCAGCCGCCCUGCGACGGUGUGGGCUUUUGCAGGAACAACUGCACCUUUUUCUCGGAACUUUUAUGGUUACUCAAGAUCUCAGCCACCCGUGACUUCUCACAGUGAGUGUUAAUGUUAAACUAAUGUGAUCGCAGGCUGCCUGAAAGAAGGACAUAAAAAUUGACUUGAAAACAAGUCAAUUUAACUGCAGCUUUGAAGGUGUAAUUACUUAACACUUGCAACAUGGCUGCUGUGGGGACGACACUGAGAAAAGUUCAACACUGACGUGGGAGAAGUUUGAUGCGAAUACGAGCGGCUCUAUGAGUUUGUGGUGCUGAUCAUUAAGUUCGCUGCAAUCUCUCUUCUGCCUGGCACCGCUUUCCCCGGACUUAAGCAGUGGAUGAACCGUGUGAGAGCCUCCUCCUCCUCCUUCUCCUCCUCCCCAGUAGUCACCGCCGACAGUCACCGUCACUGCAGUGGACUGACUUUUUUUCCGGAGGAAUUGUGGUGUCUUCUCCUUUUCCCCGAGAACUGCUAGAGACCUGUCGUCUGGUACUGAGAUACACUCUGAUUAAAAAUGCAUUUUUCCAUUCCUGAAACAGAGGUGCGAUCAGGAGAAAACGGUUCCACCUAUGUGGCCUACAACAUUCAUGUAAACGGGGUCCUACACUGUCGCGUACGCUACAGUCAGCUUCUUGGCCUUCAUGAACAGAUAAAGAAAGAAUAUGGCAGCAAUGUGGUGCCUUCCUUCCCCCCAAAGAAGAUCUUCACCCUGACUCCCGCUGAGGUGGAACAGAGACGGGAGCAGCUGGAGAAGUACAUGCAGGCCGUGCGCCAAGAUCCCUUGCUUGGAGCCAGUGAGAUGUUCAACAGCUUCUUGAGGAAAGCACAGCAGGAGACGCAGCAGAUUCCCACAGAAGAAGUUGCUCUAGACAUCUGUCUCUCCAACGGACAGAAGGUCACCGUCAACAUUCUGACCUCAGACCAGACCGAGGAUGUCCUUGAUGCUGUUGCAACAAAGCUUGACCUUCCAGACGACCUUGUUGGUUAUUUCAGUCUGUUCCUCAUCCGUGAGGGUGUGGAUGGAGGUCUAACAUUUGUGAGGAAGUUGCAGGAGUUUGAGCUGCCUUACGUAUCCAUCACCAGUCUGCGGAAUUCCGAGUUUCACAUACUCCUACGGAAAAGCUACUGGGACAUGGCGUACGACAGUGAUGUGAUGGACAACAGAGUUGGGCUCAAUUUGCUCUACGCCCAGACAGUGUCUGACAUUGAGCGAGGCUGGAUACUCGUCAACAAAGACCAGCACCGGCAGCUUAAAUCACUGCAGGAGAAAGGCUCCAAAAAAGAGUUCAUCAAUCUCGGACAGACGCUCAAGUAUUAUGGUUAUAUCAAGUUUGACCCUUGUUGCACCGACUUCCCGGAAAAAGGCUGUCAGGUGAUCGUCAGUGCCGGCAACAACGAGCUCAACUUCCACGUCAAACUACCCAAUGAACAGAUAAAAGAGGGGAGCUUCAAGGUCACUCGCAUGAGGUGUUGGCGAGUCACGUCUUCACAAGUCCCAAUAGCCAAUGGUAAAACAAAUCUCUGCAGCUCGGCCAAAUGUGAGGUCAAGCUGGAGUUGGCCUUUGAGUAUCUGAUGAGCAAAGACCGCCUCCAGUGGGUGACCAUCACCAGUCAACAGGCAAUUAUGAUGAGCAUCUGCCUUCAGUCUAUGGUGGAUGAACUGAUGGUGAAGAAAUCUGGAGGCAGCAUAAAAAAGAUGCUGAGGAAACGACACAACGACUCCAUCCACCGAUCUGACAGUCAGCAAGCUGUGAAAUCACCCCCUCUGCUGGAGUCCCCUGACUCAAACCGUGAAAUUGUUAAACUCUCUACCAAGCUGAACUCAGUGUCCCUGCGAGGGAUCAGUGCAUCCAACUCAGCAAACGACAUCAGUGGAAAUGAUUUCCAUGGAAAUUACGCCUUUGAGGGAAUCGGGGACGACGACCUGUAACCUGAAUGUUGACCUCCACCCCAUCACCCCUCAUCCCAAUCCACUGUCAACAACUGGGAUGAUGAGGAUUCUGAGCCGAGCGAAACCACACAUUUGUCCGAUUCUGCAAGAUUGUAGCUUCUUCCUGGAGAAAAUGUUGCCUUAAGCUCUCAUUUAUGUCGACAGCGUCCUUUGCUUUGAAUGCGUAUUAAAUAGCUCCAUGUUCAAAAUGAAACCAUCUUCAUGAACGGAAUUCAAAUAUUUUAAAUAAGUCAGUACAAAAUAACAACUAACAACUCAAAAACCUUUAAUUGAUUUAGAAACUGAUGCCUGCAGCAUUUUUCAAAAGGUCGGGACACAUCCUCCAUGUGUUCCGACCUUUUGUUACCACAAGGGUUACUGCUUCUUUUCUGCUCUUUAGAAAAGAUCCAAAUUGAUGUGUGUUUGUGGAAGUCCGGGCUCAUCCUACACCAAGUUGACGGAAGUUUAUUUCCAGUCGUUCUAGCCGCAAUACCUGAACCUAACACCAGAGUUUGUCUUGGUUGACUCCUCUGUUUGGUAUCAGUUUCUGAACUGAUUUAAGUCCAAGUUUGUUAGUAAAUUCUCCAAAAGCCUUUACUUUAUUUCAUUUGUAGCAGGAUGCAGUAGCGUAACGUGUGAGUCAAAAAGUGCUUAGACAUAUGCAUAAAAUUCAAAGUGUCUGAGAUGUUGAGACACAUCUCACUGACCUCUCCAACUGUUUUGACCAGGUUCGUUGUCAUAUCUUUGUCAAGUGUUGAGAGUUACAUUUUAUUUCAUACAGAUUUUAAAUCAAACUCAAAUAGGAACCAGUAAGAAGUAUUCGCUAGAUGUUUUUCUUUUCCUGGAACUCAAAGAAUGUUUGAAAGGAACUUUCAGUCCUUGGGAGAAUUAAAGAAAGAGGUUCUCUAAACAAAGAUAUAAAUAGAGAGGAUGUAAAGGAUCUUUUUUAUUUAAUUUUAUAAAUCUAGGUCUUAUUGUCUUUACACCUUUUGACUCACCCUCAUUCGUUAGCUGUUUCACUGGCGGCCUGUGUUAAUUUCUAUUAACGAAACAGGCUAAGUAGAGAUGAUCAGUUCUUCUACCAGUGGCUGCGUGUUCCUCUCUAACUCUAGAGCCUGUUAUUUGGUUCAGACCUGGCACUAGUGAUGAAAUAGCACAUCUGGACCAGGAUGAGUCCAAAGAAUCUGUAGAUUCUCUCUCCCUUUCUCUGCCUCUAUCUCCCUCGCUCUCUCGUGUUCAACUGCUCACUAACGAACUAACUAAAGUACGAAUAAUUGUUGGCAAAAGUGUAUUUUUAUACGGGUGGUGAUUCAUUGCGUGCUGUGCUCCGUGCUCAUGUGCCAAGUCGUUACAUAUGUGAAUAACAUACCAGCAGUGUUUGUUAGAGACUCAGUCACACUCAUGCUGCCUUCAGGAUCAGUCCGAUGCCUUAAGUUUUUCAUUUCCCUCCUUCAUGGAGGACAACAUCGUCCAUCAGUAGGACACGUUUGUUCCCCAGAUAGCAGUUGAGUUUGGACUUGUUAUCUAGAAUCUUGCAGAACACGAUGGAUGCCUGAUUUGGCAAAGCUGCUUACACUUGUUGCUGAAACCCAUCAUUAUUUCUUUUUUGCACAGUACAGUAUUAGAGGUGGAUGUUUGACUGGAGGCUUGGGCAUCGUUUUUAUUUCUUUCCUACGGGGGUCGCUGCAAAAGUCCAUUUGUAUUUUUUUUUUUUUUUAAAUUUAAAAACAUCUUUGAUGGUUUGUCAUUAAUGCCAAAUUAUAGUUUACUAAAGUAUUUUGCACAAAAUAAACAAAACAUUAUAAUAAAAAUGUCACUUUUUUAUAUGAUGUACAUUCAUUUAAGUAUUCCGAACAUUUACUAAUGUCUUUAGCCUCAUAGCUUAAUGUAAUCACAUAGAUCAAAUGUAAUCUAAGCUGUAUAGAACAAAGUUUUAUCUGACUAACAUUUAUCUUUGAUUACAUUGAAUUUAUGGAAUAUGUUUUUAGCUCAAAUGGGAAAGUGUUUUUGCAUUUGAUUUUCGUCUCAGCUGCAUGUUGUUAAGAGGCUCCAGUACGGAAAGUACGAAUUUUUGCUUAUCAACUGCGAUCAUCUGCGUUUCUAGUCGUAGAAAUUUUUAAGUGGUGCUUUUAAAAGGCAAAAAGGAAAAUAAACACAUUCCCUGUACUUUUUCUGCCUUAACCCAUUUUACAAAACCCAGCUUCUCUGGGUAAAAGUCAGUGCCAACUUGUCCAAAGCUUUAUCGGUAGCAUCAACUGUAAGAUGAAAAUGUUCUCAAAAGUAAAUGUCUUCUAUAAUAACUGCUGUUCUUCCACAUUAUAGUUUGUAUUAUUAAAAUAGAUGAGUAAAUGAAGGACACCAGCUGUUCUCCAAGGUCCUGAUCGUGAAAUGUUUGGUACCAAAUCACAAAAUGCUUUUUCGUGCAUCAACACCAUACAGCGAAUGUCAAAUUCAUGCCGCUUGUAGUGUUCUGAUUCAUUCCAUUGUUUUUUUCUUUUAAUGUCGUUAAUGCUAACUGUCCAGUGACAAAUCUCCAUCUGUUUGCCCCUGACGCUGAAAUAAAACUCUGAAAUGACAUGA